CCCAGCUGGAGACCCCUGCUUUAAGAUACUGGAGAUCGGAGAUGGGGCGACAUUGUGAAAAUAUCCUUCGGUUGGAAGGUCAACAAGAAGCACAGUUUUAAAGUGUCUUCCCUCGUCCAUUGUCUUGGAAAAUCUUCAAACCAGAGCUGGUGGUCAGGAGACAUCACCGUGGCCUCCUGCUCAUGGCUGGCCAGAUUCUCCAUGACCAUCAAAAAACGUUGGACCUUCUCCAAGGGCAGUUAAUUUCUAACACCUGCCAUGGGAAUGAUACACCCAACCCCGGGGUCAAGAGGCUUCAUCUCUUGCGUGAAGUCGGGCUGAAAAGUCACACCAGGAGUUCGCUACCUCGGUGUCCCUUUUCACACUUCAUCCCUGUGGUGCUGUCACACUUUAACCGGGAGCUCAACUAGAACGUUGCCUCUGUCCUGGUUCGGCUUCUCAGAAGCACUAUAAAAAAAAAAAAUUCUCUUUUUAAAAGAGAAGACCGCUUUUGCUGGAUGGAGAAUGGCCCGUCCCACCCAGAUUAGGGGAGGUGUUAUAUUUAUUCCUUGAUUCCAGAAGAAAAUUCCAAAACCGCAUCCUUCAUUUUUUUGUGGCGUCUGGAAAAGACCUUCUGCUUUUCUGGAUGAGGAGGGACUGGUUGAAGAUCCUUUGGAGAAACUGGUUGAAGGUCCUUUGGAGAUCUAGUUUAAGGUCCUUUGAGACAUGAGUUGAAGGUCUUUUGGAGAUCUGGUUGAAGGUUCUUUGGAGAAACUGAUUUAAGAUCCUUUGGAGAAACUGGUUGAAGGUCUUCUGCAGAAACUGACUGAAAGUUUUUUGAAGAUCUAGUUGAAGGACUUUCGGAUAUCUGUUUGAAGGUCCUUUGGUGAUCUAGUUGAGAGUCCUUUGGAGAAACUAAUUUAAGAUCCUUUGGAGAAACUAAUUUAAGAUCCUUUGGAGAAACUGGUUGAAAGUUCUUUGGAGAUCGAGUUGGAGGAAUUUUGGAGAUCUGGUUGAAGAUCCUUUGGUGACCUAGUUGAAGGUCCUUUGGAGAAACUGGUUGAAGGUCCUUUGGAGGAACCAGCUUAAGGUCCAUCCUAAAAAGCCGUGUUAACGCAAGGCUUUGGUAAACCUCUAACAGAAAGGGAUCCAAUUGCUCCUCCACCUUCUCCCACAAGGUCCUCCAGCUUUGAUCCUUCCAGCCGUCCACCAUGGGCUUCACAGAGAUCUUAGAACAUGUCGGCAGCAUGGGGCGCUUCCAAAUCGUCUAUGUGACUCUGAUCUCCAUUCCGGUGCUUAUGAUGGCUUGUCAUAUGAUGCUGCAGAAUUUCACCGCAGGGACGCCGGAUCACCACUGCGCCACCAGCCUCAAUGCUGCUCCCAGGAACCGGAGUGCCGAAGAUGAGGCUCUCCUUGUGGUGUCCCUUCCCAUGGAGAACGGAAAGCCGGCAAAGUGCCACCGUUUCCAUCAGAAGGAGGGGUGGCUUUUGAACGGCACCAUGGAGAACGAAACCCAGAUGGAAACUGAACCAUGUAGAGACGGAUGGGUGUACAACCAAAGUGUCUUCCACAAGACCAUUGUGACAGAGUGGAAUCUGGUUUGUUCCUCCCGAACACUGAAGCAAAUGGCACAGUCGAUUUAUAUGGCUGGAGUUCUAGUCGGCGGCAUCUUAUUCGGAGGCCUCUCGGAUAGAUUCGGUCGCCGGCCGAUCCUUUUGUGGUGUUACCUGCAGCUGGCCACAACUGGCACGGCAACUGCCUUUUCUCCCAAUUUCAGCAUCUAUUGCAUCCUUCGCUUUGUCACUGGGAUGUCUUUCUCGGGCAUCGUGAUGAACGGCGUCUCUCUGUGUGUGGAGUGGACGCCCACCAAGACCCGUCCGGUGCUGGGGGCCCUCAAUGGCUGUGCGUACACCACUGGGCAGCUGGUCCUGGCUGGCCUGGCGUAUCUUUUCCGAGACUGGCACCACUUACAGCUGGUGGUCUCUCUGCCUUUUUUCUUAUUCUUCUGUUAUUCUUGGUGGCUUUGUGAAUCGGCUCGCUGGCUGAUAACAGCUGGGAAGCUCGACCAGGCCGUGACGGAGCUCAAGAAGGUGGCCAAAAUGAACAGAAAGCAGGGAGCUGCUGGAACGCUAAAUGAGGAGUUUUUGAGAUCCAAGAUGAAGGAGGACCUGGCCUCCAUGACGUCCAAGACUUCGCUGCUCGACCUGGUCCGGACCCCAACCAUGCGCCGGAUCUCCCUCUGCGUCUGCUUCGUCUGGUUCUCCACCAGUUUCGCUUACUAUGGGCUGGUGAUGGAUCUGCAGAACUUCGGGGGCGACAUCUACCUGAUCCAGCUCUUUUUCGGAGCGGUUGACUUCCCGGCUAAGUUUAUUUCAGUCCUCACCAUCACCUACAUUGGGCGCCGGUUCACCCAAGCCAUUGCCCUCACCUUGGCUGGGUUAACCAUCCUGGCUAACAUCUUCAUACCUCAAGAUAUGCAGACGCUGCGGACCACCGUGGCUGUUUUCGGGAAGGGCUGCUUAGGCGCCUCGUUCAACUGCAUCUAUUUAUACACCGGAGAACUUUACCCCACGGUGCUUCGGCAAACCGGAAUGGGUCUCAGUAACACCAUGGCCCGCAUAGGAGGCAUCGUGGCUCCAGCAGUGAAGAUGACAGGAGAAUAUAUCCCAUUUCUGCCCAAUCUUAUCUACGGUGCGGCUCCCAUCAUAUCUGGAAUCGUGGCGGCCUUCUUGCCGGAAACCCGUAACAUCCCCUUGCUGGAAACAAUAGAGCAGGUGGAGAACAGAUCACGGAAUAAGAGCCAGAAGCUGGACUCCCAGCAAACAGAGGGCCUCUUGGUCUGCAGUAAGCCCGAAGGCAAAAAAAUCACUGCUUGAGGAGAGAAAAACAUUGUGUUCCCAGGACUUACAGAAUACGGAACACAGGAAGAUCUGUGAGGACCAAGAACAGCAUCACACUUGGGAAAAUUGCAGAAGUGACCACGGAGAUAAUAUUCUGGAUUUACAGAGAGAGAAAAUAGAAUAUUUGGAAGAUAUUCUACUCUCUGUACGUUCAUUCUGUCUGAUUUCUUUAAAAGAAAAAAAAAAGCUGGAUCCACUUGUUUGCAAAGCACACAUCUCCCGCCCAAUAUGCUAGCCCAGGCCAAAAUGGGCAUGGCUAUUACAUUGUUUGAUGUGUCACAGGAACCAAUACCUCAGCCUGUUGUUGAACGAGGAUUAACUUCUUAAAUUUUUAAGAAAAGUCCAUAAAAGAUGGUCGUUAGGUGGCAGUAGUGAGACACCAGAAAAAAUAAUUUUGACUUACACUGGAUGAUGUUUCUCAACCUCGUUAACUUUAAGCUGUGUGGACUUCAACUCCCAGAAUUCCUCAGCCCGCAUGUUUUAAGACCACAUGUGUGGACUACAAUUCCCAGAAUUAAACCAAGCUGGCUGGGGGAUUCUGGGAGUUGAAGACCACCCAUCUUAAAGCAAGCUGGCUGGGGGAUUCUGGGAGUUGAAACCCACCCAGCUUGAAAUUAUCAUGGUUGAGCAACACUGCCCUAGAUCAAUCUAAUUUAACCCCUAAGAACCCAAAUUAUGGGCUUGUUUGUUUAUUGCACACUUUGUACAUACCAGCCUGGGUUUCAUUAACAUAAGCUUCGCGUGUUUUGUGCACCCAACUCAAGAUAUCUACUCUGGAUAAACCAUUCAGGGGCUCAACUUUUCCUCUAUAAAACGAAUUAAAGUCCAGAUUUGAACAAC